GUACCAAAAGGAGCAUUCACGGGUGAAGUUUCUCCUGCUAUGCUCAAGGACUUGGGUAUCGAAUGGGUGAUCCUUGGGCACUCAGAGAGACGUCAUAUUUUCGGAGAAUCAGAUCAGCUUAUUGCGGAAAAGGUCGUUCAUUGCCUCGAAAACCAUGUAAAUGUCAUUUUCUGCAUUGGUGAGAAACUAGAGGAAAGGGAAGCUGGUAAAACUAAGGAGGUGAACUUCCGCCAGAUGCAAGCCUUAGUUGACAAAAAAGUUGAUUGGACAAACAUUGUUAUCGCUUAUGAACCUGUGUGGGCUAUUGGUACAGGAAAAACCGCCACUCCCGAGCAGGCACAAGAGGUUCAUCUGUGGAUCCGCGAGUUUUUGAAAGAGAAGGUCUCCGCUGAUGUUGCCGAGAAGACCCGCAUUAUCUACGGAGGGUCCGUCACUGCCGAAAACUGCAGAGAUUUGGGGAAGAAGCCCGAUAUCGAUGGUUUCCUAGUCGGAGGUGCUUCCCUUAAGCCCGAUUUCAUCAAGAUCAUCAACGCUCGCAAGUAG